CUGCGUGUCAUGCGCCGGGUUCCCCCAGGGGGGGUCCAACGGCGGCGCGGAGGUCGAUCGGAGACUCUCUCCCUGUCCCCUCCCCUCGGCGUCCCCCCCGCCGCCGUGCGCGGCCACACCUGCAUUAAACUGGGGAAGUCCGUCCGGCGGAGAGGCAGAGAGACCGUGGGGCUGCGGAGAGAGGCACACACACAGAGAGAGGGAGAGAGGAGGAGGAGGAGGAGGAGGCAGGAAGCGGAGCACCUACAGCGGCUCCAGUCGAAAUGUUCUGGAUCUCUCAAAUUUAAAAGAGGGAGUUAUGCACCGAGAGGCGGUUGUGAGACUUUCUCACCGUGGAAACAGGCUGGGAAUUGAGGGCAGAGAACGGAACGGACCAGCGCGCUGCGGAAUGGAGGACCGGAUCCAGCCUGGUCAUCUGAGCGCACAGGUUCUCCCUUGUGAUCCCUGACACAGUGACACUGACUCGGCUUUUGUCUCCUCACUGUUUCCGGACAGUGUGACUCUCCCUGUGUGCCUCGGCUGUCCAUUGUGUCUAGAGACGAAAGAAAGCUCGAGCUUGUCUGCAUAAAGACCUAUUCAGCAUCAUUUCUCUUUGCCAGGCACAUUUGCGACACCGGCAGUGAAACCUCAGCCCUGUCCCUAGCCCUGAGCCUUUUCCCUCCUCCCCGCCGCCAAUUUUCCUCUCACCUCCUUAGCCCCGUUCCCGCUACCUUAUCCCUUUCCUCAGCGUCUGGCCCGUUCGGAGUCCCAGACGACUUCCCAGAAACAUCCGUUACCAUCCCACUCCACACGAGCCUGCUUUCCUCUCCCUCCAGCCCCCGUGGCGCUUGGCACCACUGGCCCUUGCACAGACAGAUGGAGCCAACCCUGACCCCUCUCCUCGCCUGUGGGGACGCCAAGAGAAUCAACGCCUGACUAAAGGGAGAGGGGCUUGGUGCGAGCGGGAAGGGGGAACAGGAAGUAGAGUACUGCUUUGUCACCACGGCAACACGUUGCGCAAUCUCCCAUGGACUUCAGUCCAGCCUGAAGCGCUUGGAUAAAAACUCUCCCAGCAGCUGACUGAGCAGCAAGGCAGACAUUUUUGUGCGGCAUGUUUUUGCUUUGAUAUUUCCGCAUCUUGUUCUGUCGAGAGAAGGUGUGAACCACGACCGAGUACCAAACACAGGAAACAUCUCUUGAAGUGUUUGAAGAAAAAGCCUUGAAAACCACCGAACUUUCACUCUGACGUCUGCACUUUCAUUUCCCUUUAACUAAUUUCAACUUUUUACCUUCAAAUAAGGAUUUUUCUACAAGUCUGACACUAUUUUUUUUAUUUUCAUUUUCCUUGGCACACCUGAAUAAAUUCAGGUUUUUUCUGACAGUGAAAGGGAUACAUGUCAGACCGCCUGUCAGAGCUUCCUUGGUUGUGCAUGUAUUUGUUAGGCUUCAACCUCCAGCGGUAUACAUGUGCUAACUGUCCAAACAUCCACACUCGAGUUCCUCCUUUAUCUCUUUGCAGAGAUUUUGCCUUCUUCCCCUGGAUGUCGUCGCCAUCUUCUAUAACCUGCGCUGCUGAUUCUGAUUAGCAUAUAAUGCCAGACAACCAAUUUCAAAACAACCACGCACAAACUAUAAAAUGAGGCACUAAUGGCCGAUGAAAUGAAUUCAGCUGGCCGAUAUAACAGAGGGGGGAAUACCGGAGUCCCAAAGCUUCCCAGGUGACUUCUGCCACACUGCAAAACCAAACUGGAUAUUCGGUGACUGGUUGGAUUCUUUGCUUUGAAUAUUGAUGCUGUAAGGACGAUUUGGAUCCAUCUAUCUACAAGGCAGAGUCAGCUUUAAGGAUUUUCAUUGACACGGGAGCAAGAGACCUGAGCUGACUUUGUGGAAUCAGCCGAUAGCCGAUAAAACGACAUCAAACUGAGCUCGUUGGAGCAUUUCUGAACAUUUGGUGCAAUAUAUUUAAAAUUCCUGGACCCUCCUUCUGCACACCAACUACCGUUGUAGUUGUCUUCGGUGAAUGGUGUAAGGACUGACAUUAUCAGGUGGAUUUUGUCUCCUCUGUGGUGGCGGCAUCCGUAUUCAGAAGGCUGGGAGUGGCAUCAAGAUGCCAGAGCUGGAAAACGUUCCCCCCUUGAGGGGAACCGGCGGCCCUGACCUGGGUCUAAACGGUCCAGCAGACCCGGUUCAGAUCCAGCACAACAUCCUGGAGGAGCAGGUGGAGCUGUGGUGGUUCAGAGAUCCAGGGAAGUCUCUGCUUUGCUACAGCGUCGCCGUUUUUCUAAUCCUCGGCUGCGGACUCGGCGGCGUCGGCCUUCUUUCCACCACCACCAGCGUCUCCAGCGAAUGGCGGCUGGGCGCGGGCACCGCCCUUUGCCUGCUCGCGCUGGGGGUCCUGCUCAAACAACUGCUCAGCUCGGCCGUGCAGGACAUGAACUGUGUUCGAAGUCGGCAGCGGAUCGACAUGCUAAAGAGUGGGGGGCUAUCCGACGUUCUUGUGGUUUUGAUUACCGGGACGUCUCUGGUAAUUUGUGGAGCGGUUCUAUUGCAUCUGUCCCUGGUUAGCCCUAUACCGAAGCCCAACCAAGCCCUCAAUGACAAGUACAUCUCUGGAGUGGUUUUGCUGGCUGGAGGAGGAGCCGCAGUCGUGGGUGUUGGGAUUUACUCUGUCGUGGUGUUCUUUCUUGAGAGGACGAGGCACGGGCGAAGGUUGGUCGACCGGGUUUUCAAUAUCUUCACUGUAUCGGGACACAUGGACCGCCAGGCUCGCAGAGAGACCACCUCCAGUUUGGCUAACCUUAUAUGAGACGCGACCACACUAAAGAUGUGUAUUUUGGACAGUGGCUCAACUAAUAACCCAAUAUUACAAGAAAUCUGAUUAAGGCGAGAAUCGUUCUUCUCAUGAUUCAGCUUCGUCGCCAGCUGAGCGGACUGUGUGAGACAAAGUGAGGUUUAAUUUGUGAUAUCUGCUUGGUGAAGGGUAAGGAUGCCAAAAAUGAAAAGUAACACGAUGAAGGAUUAAUUAUUACAUGUCAGUGCAGCUUAAAGGAUCCAAAUUUAGUCUUUCUUAUCCAUGUGAUAUUUCAUUUAAAUUAACAUUGUUAAAAGUACAAAUGCCAAAAUGUUGAUGGCUGUUUAGCACCAAGAAAAAAACACAGAGAGGAAGUUUAACAAAAAAAAAAUGUUGGACAAUUCAGGCAGAUGAUGAUAUGCUUAUAUAAUUUAAAGACAUUGCAGAGAAUUAAACUGUGGUGGGAGCAAAUCCUAUGACUUGAACCAUUCUGAACUCACAUUCUGAACAAAUCUGAGAUGCUUGGAGGUAAUAUUGAAGGAAUGUAUGUGUUAUUUACAUGUAUGAUCAAUCUUGUCAAAGUGACCUUGGACCACACAUCUGACCACUAUCUACUCAGUACCCAUGUUGUGAGCUGUUCUGGACAACAGCACCAGCUAAACGGCUGAAGUGAAUAUGGCAGACGGGACAACAUAAACAUGAAGAGGAGUGAUAUUUUUAAAUUAUUUUUGUGAUUCACGUCGCACCCUGUCCAUGUUUACACGGAGAUCGAAGGGCGGAACAUGUUCAGCUGAUGGAUUUGACUGGUACCUAAAAAGGUUCGAUGACGCGUAACUGAUUUAUUUCCUCAGUUUAAUAAUAUUUUAACGUAAUUCAUGCAGUAGCGUUGUAGUGUUUGUGAGAGACUGUCAAGACUUCACUGUAAUGUUAGACUGCCUGUACACAUGACACAAGACAACAUGAUUGUUGGAGAAUUAUAUCACAGCACUUGAGAAUGUAUGGAUAAAUUGUCUGCUGCUGUUGUUUUUUUGUUUUUUUUUUGUGAAUCGACACGGUAUUGUCUUAACUAUGAAUUUUGCAGUGUUUAAUUCCCCUUCAAACCAGUGUUAAUAUCUUUGAUACAAUCACUGAAUUAAAUUACUCAAUGUAAAAAGGUUGAGUGAGGAAGAAUGGCCGCCAUGCUCAGCAGAGCUAAUUAGUCUUUGCAGCUCAAUGUAGGAAUUAGUCUAAUGGUUCUCAUCAAUUCCUGUCAACAGCACAUUUUUGCAUUAAAAUUUGGAUGAACCAUAGACUGAA